CUACCGUACUCAGUUGCGAUCAGGUCGCUAAGGUGGCCACUACUUCAGAAAGUCGGUUGGAGCGCGCGCGAUCCAUCGUCCGUCGUCAGUUCAGAGAUACUUUCACCUGUUGAGGAUUGUUUUGGAACACAUAUUCGGUUGAAACCCGUUUUCGCACAUUCGCAUACUAUAUUAGGACGCAAAAGUGAACUCUGUUGGAAUUUUCGGCGAAUUCGGACUUAGACUGCUGGGACCAGAUCAUGUUGGGCAAGGGUCAUUAUAAAUUCGGUGUCGUGCGUCCGCCACAGCAAUGGUGAUUUCCGCCCGACUCUCUUUGUCGUCAGCGUUCUGAACCCAUAUCGCCAAACGUAUGAUCUGAAUGGCCGGUUGGUAAAUGAAUUCUGAGUUGGGCUGGGUUGUGCUGAUUUUACGCUUCGAUAACGCUGGAAAUGGUCUUGAGUGCUUGAACACGUUGUCGUGAGCCCAUCGAGCGUUUUGUUGUCGUUUGCUUGAGACGCUACCCGUAGAAGAGUGAAGAAAAGCUACCUCAACAGAAACAGAAAACAUUGCCUAAUUUUUCGAAAAAAAAAUCGCAUUCUGCAAGAGCAGCAAAGUGAGUCGAUUAGUGUGACUGGAGUGUGUUUUUAUUUUGUGUUAGCUGAAGAAAAGUUUUUAGAGAGAAAAAAAAUCUUAAAACCGUAAUCGGUUUGAGUUGUUCGUUUGUUACAACAAUGCAAAGUCGGCACGCAAGGCCGCUGAGGCGUAAGCAGUUUUGGUUCUUUUUCCUGGUCUCGCUUCUGGGCGGAUGGCGAAUCGGGCAGGUGACCGGGGCAUCAUCAACUUCAUCCGUGCCGGAGCAAGGUGGUGACGAUCAACCACCGUCGGUAAUUUCGCAGGUCACCAAGGAUGACAUCGUUGAGGGUGGCAGUGGAACCGAAAAUAAGUUUCUCAAAUACCUGUUCAACAAGUACGGCAGCAAAGGGGUUAUUUCUUUCGAGGGCCUGGAACAUCUGAUGCACAGUCUCGGUCUUGGGGGGUUGGAUUUUUCACCCUCGCACACCCUAGACGAGCAUCGGCCGGAAGGGUUCCGUACAGAGGAUUUGGUGGAAAGCCCUUUCGUCGAAAAUGAACCAAAGUCUGGAGAGGCAACCGGUGAUCACUCGAAAGUAGCUGUUUCAUUCGGCGUUGUAGAUGCAGACAACCAUGAUCAUGAAACACAUUCCGCCAAACCAAGAUCCAGCGCCGAAAACAGCACAGACAACCCCACGCCAACCAAAGUAGUUCCGAGAGACUCGACCGUUUAUCAUCAUCUAGAAGAAAGUGGCUUAAUUAAUAGUUCCGAUCAGAUUCGCAUCUUCAACGAGGUGUCGGGGCCGGAGGAUAGUUCCUUGGCCAGUCCAGAAAAUAGUAAAACUACUGCUACAGUUCGUCACAGUUCUACGAAAAGCAGUGAUGAUGACAACAACAACGCAGCAGAUCAGCAGAGCAAUAAAAACAAGUGGCACAAUGAAAUAUGGCAGGAAAUUAUCUUCAAGGAAAUUCACGGCGCUGGGCAUCAUUAUCUCAAGCGGGAUGAUCGUCGAAAAACGUGUCUUUCGCCUAUGUCCAUGGUGCAUCUGAUCCUCGAGGAACCCCAGGAGGACAUUUUGCAGCGGAAUUUCAACUUUGAACUGAGCCCUAAUCAUCGGCACAGGCGAGCAUUGCCCCACAGUGCUCACCAUGAUCACUCGGAAGAAUUCGAUCACGAGGUAGAGGAAAUCAUCGCAGCCCGCAUCAAGAUCACCCCCCCUACGUUCAAGGAUCUCUGUCCGGCGUUGCUCGCUCAGAUCGAACAACGGGCAUGCUUCCAACAAAACCAGAAACACGAUCCACCGCACAUCGUUAGGAAAGAAUAUGGUUAUGCCUGGUUGUAUGCAACGAUAUGUGUCACCAUUAUAUCCAUUUGUGGCUUGACUGGAGUGGCAAUGGUUCCACUCUCCAAAUCAGUGGCGUAUGAUGAAAUUCUCCGAUUUCUGGUUGCUUGUGCAGUUGGAACUCUUUGUGGCGAUGCUUUGAUGCACUUGCUUCCCCAUGCAAUGAUCCCCCACGAGGAAAAUACCUCAUCAGACGACGAUCAUUCCCAUGAUCAUGGUCACAGCAAUGAACCAGUAUGGUUGUGUUUCUGUGCGUUCCUCAGUGCCUUGUUCAUGUACUCACUGGAAACAAUAUUGCCCAUGCUUAGAAGUGGCGAACCCGGAAGUGACGGCCAUCAUCAUGGACAUUCACAUUCUCUGGCCAAAGUUGCUCCUGCUGUAGAACCUCCGCAACAUCGAAGAAAUACGAAUGCCGUCGAUGAUAUCGAACUAGAUCUUCAGGAUGUACAGCGGAAAGAACUGAACACCAUGUUGGAGAAGAAAAAGCCUGUCAACAAACCGCUUAGCCCGGUAGCCUUCAUGGUAAUUUUGGGAGAUGGGCUCCAUAACGUAACCGAUGGAUUGGCCAUCGGUGCAGCUUUUGCUGCAGAUCCUGUAACAGGAAUGGCAACAUCGUUAGCCAUCCUCUGCCACGAGCUUCCACACGAGCUCGGAGAUUUCGCCCUACUGCUUCAAACCGGAGUCAGCAUAAGGCGAGCUAUGUUUCUGAACAUUGUUUCUUCAGUAUUAAGUUUUAUAGGUAUGUUCAUCGGUUUGCUCGUAACGAGUUUACAUGAAUCCGUGGUGCGAUGGAUUUAUGCUGGAACGGCUGGCACGUUCCUGUACAUCGCGUUAGCAGAUUUAGUUCCGGAAAUGAACAAAGAUCUCUCUGCAGCUCCUGACGGCAAUCAAAAUCCGAAUACUCAUUUUAGGAAAAUGAGAAUCGCCUGGUCCCAGAUCAGUGGUAUUCUGCUCGGGGGAAUGAUCAUGUUGGCCAUCGCACUAAACGAGGACCAUUUGAAGCUGUUAUUUGAAUAAAAUAUUUAUUAGAUAUUUA